AACGCUAAUGCAUCAUUGAACUGAAAGCUUAGCAACAAUGGGGUUUUGGCAAGUUGGGUUUGGAUUGGUGUGUCUUCUGGUGCUGGGAUUUUCUGAAGCACAAUCGAGACCCAGAGGAAGAAGCAUCUUUAGGCCUACUGCACAAGUUCAGCAGACAGACUCCAGGAAGCCUCCAGUUCCCCAGAAAUAUGGCUCUGGCAACCCUGCAUCUGCACAAGGAUUUCCCACUCAGUUUCUUGUCCAAACGCCAGCUAGGAGUGACUCUGGAAAGCCUUCUCAAGAUCUCUUUGGUGUUCAGUCAAAAGUGCUGCUGGGUCCAGUGGCAAAACUGACAUGGCGCUUUCCAAGCCUACCAGAAGAACCACAGAAGCCAGAUAUUCCUUUUGAGUUGCGUCGUCCUGUCCCUGCCAACAGUGUAGCAGCUCAGUGUGGAGAAAAUUCAAUACAUGUGGAAGUUAUGGAAGACUUCUUUGGGACUGGAAAGCCACUGAGGUCAUCUGCUCUUACACUGGGAGGCUGUACUGCAACUGAAGACCCUUCUGCUCAAGUGUUUAUCUUUGAGUCUGAACUGCAUGGAUGUGGCAGUGUAGUAACGGUGACUGAAGAUGAGCUUGUCUAUACCUUCAAACUUCUCUACACCCCACAAGAGGUUUCAUAUGGUGUUCCUAUUGUUAGGAGCAGAAGUGCAGUGGUUGGUAUCGAGUGUCACUAUUCAAGAAAGCAUAAUGUGAGCAGCGAUUCCUUGGUGCCUGCUUGGAUCCCAUAUGCCGCUACUAAAAUUGCAGAGGAGGUCUUUGUCUUCUCCCUCCAACUCAUGACUGAUGACUGGAGAUUCGAGAGACCUUCUAAGCAAUACUUCCUGGGUGAUAUCAUAAAUCUUGAAGCAUCUGUGCAUUCGUACAGCCAUGUUCCCAUCCGUGUGUUUGUGGACAGCUGCAUAGCUACAACCGUCCCUGAUGUCACAUCUGUCCCUAGAUACUCCUUUAUUGAGAACAAUGGGUGCCUGGUUGAUGCCAAGCUCACAGGCUCCAGGUCUCACUUUAUGCCCCGAACCCAAGGUGAUAAGUUGCAGUUUCAGUUGGAGGCUUUCAGGUUCCUGCCACCAAACAGUGGACCGGUUUACAUCACAUGCAUGGUGAAGGUGGCUGUAGCAACUCCUACUCCAAGUCCUGAACAGAAAGCUUGUUCGUUCUCUGCCAAUGGUUGGGUGUCUGCAGAUGAUUCUGACCAGGUGUGUGGCUGUUGUGACAACACCUGUAGUAUCAGAAGAGGAAGUGAUCAGCUUCUCAAAGAUCUGCGGUGGGAUAGAACAUCUGUCGGGCCCAUCAAUGUUAAAGAAUAUGGCUACGUCCAAAAAUAAUUGAAAGUGCCAUGUGACUUCUGUUGACUUAAUAAAAAAAAAGGUAUUAAUUGGUUGUGAACUCCUUACUCACUU